ACCUGAUUCGCGCGUCCACGGCAUGUGUAAGGAGAUUCAUGUGAAAUACAUGAAUCUUAUUGUACAAAUUUCACACGGUAGCGUCUCGUAACAGAAAAAUUCACGUGUUUUCGUCAGACCUUUGACACCAUAUCUGACAUCUAUAAGUCAUCUGUAAUUCAUAAUUAUGAGUUACAGCUACAUUAAAUCAAGCUCAAGUAUGAGCUCCCGUGGCCGUGGAUUUAGUUCCCGCGGAGGCAGUUCUUACAGAGGAAGAGGUGGUGGUGGAAAUGAAUGGAACAGUUCACCAGGAGGAAACAUGUCUAGUAGAGGAGGUUAUUCUUCUUCUAGAGGUGGAAGAUUUAAAUAUUCAACAACCAGUUAUGACUCUCGGUCAAAAUACAAUUCUGGAGGAUCUGAGAGAUACUCCAGUAGAGGAGGAAGAGGUGAACAUUCGAACAGUUAUAAAAGGCCAAGGGAUUCUUACUCUGGAAGGGAUGAACACAGAUCAUCCAGUGAUUCAACCCGUAAAAGGAUGAGAAGUGAUUCCUACCAGGGUGGAGGUAGCGGUAGCGGCUCACAGAGGUAUUCUUCGUCGUAUGGUGGUUCGUCUGCGUCAACACCUUAUGACGAUAAUAAGGGAUCGUCAUCCUCGGCCGUGUAUGAGGACAAGAGACAGAGUGAGCGAGCCUCGUCAUACCACCGCUCAGAGGAUCGUCAUUCGGCAUCACGGAGCUAUGCACCUCCACCACCCCCUCGGAUUAGCGAUAUGGCACCUCCGACACAGAGAUAUAACUCGAGCCGAGGGCGAAUAUCGCAUCAAAGCUCAAACUAUCGAGGUCGCAUUUCAACACGCGGCAGCGGUAGAGGGGGUGGAUUCCAUCGCAUGAGCUCUCGAUCGGACGUCGUCAUGGCUCGCAAGCGUACUCUGCACUCGCUCGACUAUCGACGCAAGCUGCUAGGAUCGCGAUCGCGAGACUACAUCCAGCGUGUGCGCAUGACCACUACCAAAAUGCGCAGGAGUAGCGGUACUACUAGGCUAUCCGGAAGUAAAAAGGAGUCAGGAUCAGGAACCAGCAUGAAGGACAAGGAUAGAGAGAUGACCAAAGCUAUUAACGCUGAAUUUUCCGAUGACGACGAAGAGGAUGAUGAUAAUAAAAGUAAUUGGGACGACGACGAAAAGCCGCAUGAUCGUGAUGAUGAGGAAGAAGAAGAGGAGGAAGAGAAAAAGAAAAAAGAUGACAAGCGAAAGAAAGAGAAGCAGGAACGAGAAAGACAGAAUACUGAAGAUGAAGAAGAAAAGGAAGAUGAUGUGAAAGAAGAUGAUGAUGAUCACAAACAUGAGGACGAUGAAGACGAUGUCGAUGAUGAGGAGAGGGAUGAUAAUGAUAAAACAGAUCACGGUCGAACUACUGGCUCUGAAGAAUUGCCCAGUAGAAGAGAUGGGAGAAAAUUCAUUAAACUAACUUGUCCACAUUGCGCCCACCGUAGUGUUACUUUCAAAGAGUACUCGUUGCAUUUAUACUCAGGUCGUCACAGUGCAGCCAUGAGGCGAAUUGCAUCACGGCAUAAGGCAACUUUGACGCGUAUGCGGGUAUUGCAACGACAAGAGCAACGACGUGUUGAAACUCGUGAUGCAGUGCGUGGUACUUUACCAUCCCGUACCAUGUUCUGUCCUAUUUGCAAACUGAAUUACCGAUCCUUGAAAGCAGUACAUCAACUAUCAGAAUCCCAUCGUCAAAUGAAGCGGUUCCUCACGCCAUUCUGCAGAGUCUGUCGCAUUCAGUUCCGAUCACCCAUGCUCUUCGAAACUCACAUGUGUUCUUUGGAUCACAUCAAGAGGAAGAGUGCAUUGAAAGAAAGAAUGAAUGCUGGAAAUGGUGAUGCAGAAGCAGAUUCCAGUGGCCCCGAAGAAGAUGACAAGGAAGUUAAUCUUGAUAAUUUCAUGACUUUAGAUUCCGUAGGUGAUGUUGAUGCAGAAGAAGAUGAAGAGUCUCCCGAAAAGAAAAAGGAAAAACCAGAAAACGAGGGUACAAGCGAGACAGAAAAGAAACCCAAAAGUAAACAAAUGAUCAAAGUUGGGGCAGAAUACAUAAAACGCGUUGAGGUUCAAUUUUGUGAACUGUGCAAGGUAUAUCUGCCACGCAGUGAAAACAGCGAGAGAGCGAUAGCGCUUCAUUGCUCAACUAGAAGUCACCUUAAACGGUAUGUACGUGAUAAUGAUGAUAAAGCACUACGAAGACAAGCGGAAAGGAUACAUUUGCAAUCAUCGUCAUCUGUUAAUACUUCUUCCACGCCAAACACUGUAAAAACUACAGAAUGCACUAAAUCACCAAGUAGCUCUGAACCACCAUCUGCAAAUAAUACAUUAACAACUACUACAUCUGACAUUACUAUUAUUACGGAACCUGGUAAAACAGUUGAACAGAAGGGAAUCGUUCCUGAACCCGAGAAGAAUAUGAAGGAUAACAAAAAUGGACAGGCUGAGGAAGAAGACGAUGAUGAUUAUCCAGGCGAUAAUGCUGAUAAAUUAUGGGAUGUCGAUAAAGAUUUGGUCGACAUUUUAAGGGAAACUGAAGCAGGAGCUAAAUCAAGUGACGAUGAAGAUUCGCGUUACGAUCGUUUUCGUAAUUCAGAUAAGAAACAGCCGCAUUCUGGGAAAGAUAAAGAAAGGGACAGCGAGAAAAACGAAAUAGACGAAAAGGAAAUCAUAAAAAAGCAAGAAGUGAAAGUAAAACUUGAAAAAGUAGACAUGUAAAGUUCAAGAAUUAUUAGUACGUUUCAAUCAUAUCCAGAUACAUGCUUUUAUUGUUUUUUCACAACCCUGUGCGAAAUUUUACAAAUGCUAGCCAUAGAGAACUUGUAUGAUUAUCGUUUUAUA